UUCAUCACAAAAUCAACGUACACAAACACAUUCACUUCUAAAUUACCUUUCAAUUCCCAAUGGCAUCAUCCAUGACCAUGACCUCCUCGUUCUUUGGUGCCGCCGUCGCCGCGAAGCCGGCCGCGGCCACCACCCGUCCCAGCCAGCUGGCGGUGAGGGCCUCGAUGGACUUGGAGAAGGCGGUGGAGAAGAGCAGCAACACGAGACGGGGCCUCAUGUUGGCUGCGGCUAGCGCAGCAGCAGUGUCGUCCGUCGCGAAGGUCGCGAUGGCGGCCGAUAAAAUCCCGAUAGCCGGUGGCUGGACGGAGGUCAAGGAUCCAAGUGCACCGGAGUAUUUAAUACUGGCGACAUUCGCGGUGUCGGAAUUCAACAAACAGAAUAAUAAGGCCUUGACUUUGAACUCCGUGACAAGGGCUGAGACGCAGGUGGUGGCUGGUGUGAAUUACAGGCUGUCGUUCUCGGCCCGGGGUGAUAUAAACCCGAACGCCACCUACCAGGCAGUUGUUUACUCCCAGGCCGCGCCGACAUCCCUACAGCUCACUGACUUCGUGGGAAUUUCUCGCUAGAUUUUCCGAUCGCCGGAUUGUGUAUCGGUUAAUAAAGUGUGUGAAAUAAAUAUCUCCACACCUUUCCAAGCCUCUAUCUAUAUAAGGCUUUUUCAUCAAUAAAAUUUCCCUCUUUUCUCUUGUUCA